UCCCAGUACCACGGUAAAGGAUAUGAACUGAAACAUCUGAAUCUUAUUUCUUAAAUGAAGAAUAUUAAUUAAGGAUCAAUAAUUAUUUUGUAUAAUGGGUAUGGCAUAAGAAAUAAGUCCUGGAUCUUUUCCAUGAAGUAGUUGGCUCUCAGGUUAAGUAACAAUGUAAUUGUAAAAAAAUCUUAUGAGUUCUUCGUAAGUACAUCUUAAAGCUGUCAAGAUGGUUCUAGCAGACCUUGGAAGAAAAAUAACAUCAGCAUUACGCUCGUUGAGUAAUGCCACCAUUAUCAAUGAAGAGGUAUUGAAUGCUAUGCUAAAAGAAGUCUGUACCGCUUUGUUGGAAGCAGAUGUUAAUAUUAAACUAGUGAAGCAACUGAGAGAAAAUGUUAAGUCUGCUAUUGAUCUUGAAGAGAUGGCAUCUGGUCUUAACAAAAGAAAAAUGAUUCAGCAUGCUGUAUUUAAAGAACUUGUGAAGCUUGUAGACCCUGGAGUUAAGGCAUGGACACCCACUAAAGGAAAACAAAAUGUGAUUAUGUUUGUUGGAUUGCAAGGGAGUGGUAAAACAACAACAUGUUCAAAGUUAGCGUAUUAUUACCAGAGGAAAGGUUGGAAGACCUGUUUAAUAUGUGCAGACACAUUCAGAGCAGGGGCUUUUGACCAACUAAAACAGAAUGCUACCAAAGCAAGAAUUCCAUUUUAUGGAAGCUAUACAGAAAUGGAUCCUGUUAUCAUUGCUUCUGAAGGAGUAGAGAAAUUUAAAAAUGAAAAUUUUGAAAUUAUUAUUGUUGAUACAAGUGGCCGCCAUAAACAAGAAGACUCUUUAUUUGAAGAAAUGCUUCAAGUUGCUAAUGCUAUACAACCUGAUAACAUUGUUUAUGUGAUGGAUGCCUCCAUUGGGCAGGCUUGUGAAGCCCAGGCUAAGGCUUUUAAAGAUAAAGUAGAUGUAGCCUCAGUAAUAGUGACAAAACUUGAUGGCCAUGCAAAAGGAGGUGGUGCGCUCAGUGCAGUUGCUGCCACAAAAAGUCCGAUUAUUUUCAUUGGUACAGGGGAACAUAUAGAUGACUUUGAACCUUUCAAAACACAACCUUUUAUUAGCAAACUUCUUGGUAUGGGCGACAUUGAAGGACUGAUAGAUAAAGUCAACGAGUUGAAGUUGGAUGACAAUGAAGCACUUAUAGAGAAGUUGAAACAUGGUCAGUUUACGUUGCGAGACAUGUAUGAGCAAUUUCAAAAUAUCAUGAAAAUGGGCCCCUUCAGUCAGAUCUUGGGGAUGAUCCCUGGUUUUGGAACAGAUUUUAUGAGCAAAGGAAAUGAACAGGAGUCAAUGGCAAGGCUAAAGAAAUUAAUGACAAUAAUGGAUAGUAUGAAUGAUCAAGAACUAGAUAGUACGGAUGGUGCCAAAGUUUUUAGUAAACAACCCGGAAGAAUCCAAAGAGUAGCAAGAGGAUCAGGUGUAUCAACAAGAGAUGUUCAAGAACUUUUGACACAAUAUACCAAGUUUGCACAGAUGGUGAAAAAGAUGGGAGGUAUCAAAGGACUUUUCAAAGGUGGUGACAUGUCUAAGAAUGUGAGCCAGUCACAGAUGGCAAAAUUGAACCAACAAAUGGCCAAAAUGAUGGAUCCUAGAGUUCUACAUCACAUGGGUGGUAUGGCAGGACUUCAGUCAAUGAUGAGGCAGUUUCAACAGGGUGCUGCUGGCAACAUGAAAGGCAUGAUGGGAUUCAAUAAUAUGUAAAGAAAAUGCCUUAAUAUAAACUGACUCAGUUGAGUACCUAAUUUGCUGAGACCUCAGAGUUUCCCUUCUUUUUGCAAAUUGGGGGGAAAGUGCAUUUUUCUUGCUUAUCAUGCACUCUUUCUUUUUCUUCUCGCCCCCUUUUCCCCUCCUUUUCUUCUUCCUUCUUUCUUUCCUCCCUUUAAGGGGGAAAUACAUGGUUUUUGUGGAAAUCAUUGUAUGUUUGCUUUAGAUUUUCUUCUGUUUUCACCAUCAUAACACUUAAGUUAAAUCAUGAUGUAAAAUUUUAGUACUUAAAGGUUUUUAAUCGUCUCGAAGGCCAAGCAUCACAUUUGUAAACAGUCCUGGUCAGUAGUUAAAUAAUGUUUCAAUUAAAGUGCUGUAAAAUAAACUUCAAAGUGGUUA